UUAUGUUUCAUCGGAAUGGUUGGAUAAUCCGUACCAGGGGGCCAACAACAGACAGCCAUGGUCUUCCUCGGGACGCGCCAGUGCCCUCAGCCAACCAGAUCUCACAACAUACAGCGGUAUGGACAGAGCCACCGCAGAUCCCUUAGAGUAUGCACACAUGCCCCGCAGCCAGUCAGCUCUACCCACUGCAGAUAGUGAUGAUGUAGGUGGCGAGGCUCUGACAAGGAGACAGGUUCAGAAGUUCAAG